CGGCGUUCGGGCCCUUUCCCAGGCUGCCGCCGGGCUGGGAGGCAGGAGCGGGCUGGAGCCGAGCGGCGGCGGAUGGGGCCGGCGGAGAGGCACUGGGAAGGGAGACGUAGCAUGCCACGCCAUUCUGGGCUGGAAGCCUGCUGUGCUUUUGCCCCCUGGACUCCAAGAAACCUGCUUCUUUUUUGGUGAAGCGGACCCUGAUCUCCUGUUUCUUUGUUGCAUGCCCGCUCACAAGUGCUGGAUUAUGUUUGUCUCCUUCUCCCUUUGCUCCAUAAUUUGGUUGAAUCGUGGUUUCAAGCUAAGGAAAAGGGGCUGCACCUAAGCGCACCAGGGCACCCGUACCAGGCACCUGGGGUGCUGGUUCAUGCAGAGACAUUCAGAGUGCUGAUGGGGGAGAGCUGCCUCUGAGAUCCCUUCAAUCCUGCCCGAAACGCACUGCCUUACUCUUCAGAGCCCUUCUCCCCACGGCAGAAAGAAUGGGCAGCACCGAUGGGUUCCAGUACCGUGCGCUCUACCCCUACCGCAAGGAGCGUGAGGAGGACAUUGAUCUGCUGCCUGGGGACAUCCUAGUGGUGAGCAAGGGGGCCCUGCAAUCCUUGGGCUUCAAAGACGGGGAUGAGCAGACCCCCAAUCAGAUCGGGUGGAUCCUGGGCGUCAACGAGCGAACCAAGCAGAAGGGCGACUUUCCCGGCACGUACGUGGAGUACGUGGGGCCUGUGAAGAUCUCCGUCCCUUCCCAUCGGCCCCGAGUGCAGAGACCCCUGCCUGCAACGCCGGGGGCCAGCGGCUGCCGGCUGCAGGAUGCUCUGGAGCAAGGGUCUCCUCUCCCGGACUUGCAGGAGCAGUUCAGCCCUCCUGAGAUUGCACCGCCGCUGCUGGUGAAGCUGGUGGAAGCUAUUGAGAAGAAAGGGUUAGACAGCGAGAUGUUGUACAGGACAUCUGGCUCCGAACUGAGGCAAGCGCUGAGAACCGAUUGGACCCUGGGUGACCUGGAGCCCUUUGAUGUGCACUCCCUGGGCGAGGCGCUGCGAGGCUACCUGCAGGACCUGCCUUCCCCCGUGGUACCGGUGUCCGUGCACGGAGACAUCCUUCGCAUCCUGCAGGAGAUCCCACAGCCAGAGAAUUGCCGGAAGCAGCUGCUGCUGGCCCUGGAGUCGCCUGCGGUCCCGCUCCAGAACACGCUCACCCUGCAGUUCCUGCUCCGGCAUCUGGGGAAGGUAUCGCAGCAGGCUGAGAGCAACAGUCUCCACCCUCGGGCCCUGGGAGAGAUCUUCGGCCCCCUUCUCCUCCGGCUGCCUGGUGCCAGCCCAGAGCUGAGCCCUGACUUCUCUGUGCUACUUUUGGAGAUACUUCUGCAGACGAAGGAGUUGGAGCCGGAACAGUUGCCUCCAGCCUUGCCUCCAAAACCACCUAAGCCAAAGCCCAGUGCAGCCAGCUUGGCCAACGGGAACAGUGUGCCCUUGCAGGAUGCCGAGUGGUACUGGGGUGACAUUUCUCGGGAGGAGGUGAACGAGAAGCUACGGGACACGCCGGAUGGUACCUUCUUGGUACGUGAUGCCUCCAGCAAGAUCCAGGGAGAGUACACGCUCACACUCAGGAAGGGAGGCAAUAACAAGCUUAUCAAGAUCUUUCACCGGGAAGGGAAGUACGGCUUCUCAGAGCCGCUGACUUUCGGCUCGGUGGUGGAGCUCAUCACCCAUUACCGGCACGAAUCGCUCGCCCAGUACAAUGCCAAGCUGGACACCAGGCUGCUCUACCCCAUCUCCAAGUACCAGCAGGACCAAGUGGUGAAAGAGGACAGCGUGGAAGCCGUUGGGGAGCAGCUGAAGGUCUAUCACCAGCAGUACCAGGACAAGAGCUGGGAGUACGACCUGCUGUAUGAGGAGUACACACGCACUUCCCAGGAGCUGCAGAUGAAGAGGACGGCAAUCGAGGCCUUCAACGAGACGAUCAAGAUCUUUGAGGAGCAGUGUCAGACGCAGGAGAAAUGCAGCAAGGAGUACAUCGAGCGCUUCCGCCGGGAGGGCAAUGAGAAGGAGGUGCAACGGAUCCUCAUGAACUCGGAGAAGCUGAAGUCUCGCAUCACAGAGAUCCACGACAGCAAGAUGAAGCUGGAGCAGGACCUGAAGAAACAAGCCUCGGAGAACCGGGAGAUCGACAAGCGCAUGAACAGCCUCAAGCCAGACCUCAUGCAGCUGCGCAAACUGCGAGACCAGUAUUUGGUGUGGCUGACACAGAAAGGUGCCCGGCAGAAGAAAAUCAACGAGUGGCUGGGCAUCAAGAAUGAGACGGAGGACCAGUACUCCAUGAUGGACGAUGAGGAGGAGCUGCCCCACCAUGAGGAACGAACGUGGUACGUGGGGAAGAUCAACCGCUUGCAGGCAGAAGAGAUGCUGUGCGGCAAGCGGGACGGCACUUUCCUGAUCCGCGAGAGCAGCCAGAAGGGAUGCUACGCCUGCUCCGUGGUGGUGGAUGGUGACACCAAGCACUGCGUGAUCUACAAAACGGCGACCGGCUACGGGUUCGCUGAACCCUACAACCUCUACGCCUCCCUCAAGGACCUGGUCUUGCACUACAAGCACACGUCCCUGGUGCAGCACAAUGACUCCCUGAAUGUCACGCUGGCUCACCCGGUCCUUUCCCAGCCACCAGCCAGAUGAGCAGCCCGUGCACAACACAGCAGCUGCCUUCAGCUUCUCCCCAGAGCGCUGCUUUCUGGCUCUGGACUCUUGCACCCUGUAUAGUUGAGUCUCUGUGCUCCUGCCCCUCCAGAGCCUCUGAGAUGUCUGUGACCGUUCCUGAUGUCCUUCUUGGUCAGUAGCUGAAACCCGUGUUGGCUGAUGGGGCAAAAAGGCUGAGAUGUUGAUUCCCAGUGGGCUCCAGCCUCUAGGAGGUGGGAUCCAGUUGUGAUUGAAUUGCUGGGGGCAAGCACAGCCCCCUCCCCUUCCCCGAUAAACAGGUCAGAUCCCCUUCUUGCUGGCAGGUCGCCCCACAACGCAACACUGUAGAGCUAGGUUCCCAAUUCCUCGGUGCGCUACGGCAUCAGUCACCGUCCCGGCCGAGCAGCCACAAGCACUGCUCUGAGCAAGGGGCUCCCUGCCUGGAUGCCGGAGGAGGCAGAGGAGGAGGCUCUGCUGAAUGGUUGAACGUGUGCAUCCUCCACUCUUGCUUCCCUCAGUGAUCUUGCAGGCUGAGGUGGUGUCUGGUACGAGGGGUGCUGCUCAUCCUGUGCAGAGACUCAUUUAAAAGGAGAAACCCCAUCCUCCGUGGGGCUUCUUGGCUGAGGUCUCCGCUCUGUGCUGUGCCCCACCUCACCGUCUUGUUCCCUAGUGUCAUAACCACCUCUUGAGUGUUGCUGUCUGGGGAGGGAGGAUCCGGUUAGCGAUGAAUCUUUCGCCUUAGUUGUGCCAACUAAGCUGUGAAAUCCGUGUUGGUACCCGUGUUUUUCCCGGCAGAAUCUAUGGGAUGCACAGCUCGUUGUUUCCGGCUGUCUUCGGUGAAUCUCUGCAAACGUAACCUGUUGAAGCUAACUGUAGCUCUGUAAAUAUGGUUCUUUUUGUAAUCGGCUGCUUACCUAGUACUGGUGUUUGCUGAACUCCCAUUAUGAUAUGCAAGUGUGUGGGCAACAGCUGGCCAGGCUGUUGCAGACUCAGGUCCUGCCAGCUGAAGCAGGAGGGGGCCAAAGUCCGACGCACACUACGAGCCCUACACAAAAUGAAGGACCUCUCUGCUGCAGGAGGACGGUAUCUCCGCUGGGCCACGGGCCUUAGCGCAUAGCAAUGUAUAUGCAUGAUGUCGAACUAUGUAUGCAAAGCACUUAUAAUCAUGAGUACUGUAUGGGGACUUGGGGUGAAAGAGCUGGGGGUUGCUGUAGUGCUGCCCAUCGUAGCUGGCUGGCAUGGGCAGGGAUUUGUUGUGAAUGAGUUCAGAGGGCUCGAGGGCAACGGAGGUGGCCCUGGAAGAGCUUUAAAAGCUGGACCUGGGCUGAGAGUUGAGGCCGUGGUGGCAUUUGCUUUAUUGGGUUAUCCCGUCUGCCUGGCUUGAAGAAAGCAUUAAUUGUUCUCUUGAUUUGCCAGAGAGGCUCUUUCCCUUUUGGAGGCUGCGUCCUCAGGACGGGCUGGUGGAUGCUGUAGGCUUUGCCGCUUCUGUUUUGUGUUGCGACUCGGGCUCUGCCGAAUCUGCGGGGUGCUGUGUGCUCAUGCUCUUCCCACUCUCCCUGUCCUCAGCAUGCCAUCUGCAUCAGGGACCGUGCUGUCCCUCCUCCCCCGGUCAGCUCUGCUGCUCGCCUUGCUCUGGGCUGGUCCCCGGAUCCUUUUGGAUCUGGGAUUGCUGGAGCAAACAUCCCAUUCCUGUUGCUUGUGGCAGCUCUCCUAUGCUUGACUGUACAGACCCCAUUCCCUACUCUGCAUGCCCUCUCCGGACCCUGGGCUGUGUUUUUUGGUUCUGGUUUGUCGGCGUUUGGUGCUCUGAGGAUGCGGGGCAGUGGUGCUGUCCCUGACCCGUCGCAGCCCAGGCACACGCUCGGGUGCCAAAGUGCCACGGAAGGGGCAGGCGAUAGGUCGGGGGAGCUGUGGGGCACACAGCCCGGGAAAGGCUGCAUUUGGCUUUGGGGAUCACUUGGGAAAAGCUGUCAGGGAUAUUUAAGGGAAUAGUUUGGUCUCAGACAUGUGAGAGAUAAGAGCAUGUGGGAAUGGGGCAGGGAGGUCCGGUGCUCAUAGCUCUCUCUGCAGAGGCCUCCUGGGGUCUGUGGGGUGGCCGGGGGGACCGCACCAACACCCCAAAGCUUUCUGCCAGGCCCCCACACUGGUGGCACAUUUUCAGCCUGGGGGGACUCUCUGCUGGUCCUGCGCUCCCAGCACAUCCCUGCACCACAGGGCAGGCUGCAGACAGACGGGAUCCUCCAGCCGCUCGCCCCACAGUGUCUGGCGUCCCCCCCACCACCCCAGCAACGUUAGCUUGGGGCCGGUCCUGCUGGGAAGGUUUGCUCCUGGCUCAUGCCAGGGCCUGCCGAGCAUCUGGGAGAGUCUCAGCUUCAAGCCAUCACCUGUCAACAUUUUGCUUGGUGCUCACCCUGGCUCUGGUGGCUGGGGAAAUUCCAGCUUCUCUUGACAGCUUUU